UUUUUUGUUCCUCCUCAGUCCCUGUUCUGAGCUGCACGGAAGAAGCGCCUGACCAGCCACCCGAACUGUGUCGUGAUGCAGCUCUGACACCAGGACACCGGAGACCAGCACGUUCCUCCGAAGCUCCUGUAGCCGGUCCCUAAGAUGGCAUCCGGCGUGGCGUCCUCCUCUCCGCUCGCCUCUCGUCCCUGGGUUCCCGUCGACAUCGGUGACUCGCGGUUCCUCUGUAAGAGCUGGUUCGGUCAGACGCAGUAUCGUGUUCUCCUAUUGGACGGAGAGUGUCUGUGGGAGGAGCAAAUGGAGGCGGACGGAAUCCAGACCCGAGCGCAGGAGUUGAACCGCCGUCUCCGCGCCUCCAUCGAGUCCUUCUUCGCUCACCUGGUUGCCGUGGUGACGCCGUGCUUGACAGGAAGUGGGCGGGACCCCGGUACAGGAAGUGGCCUCAGUCAGGUGACGGUGCUGCGGGCGGAGGGUCACAUGACUCUGAGGCUGAAGAGCGAACUCGCCGGACUCCCGUUUCACUGGGAGUUUCACUGUCGCGCGGCCCCAGUGUCCGAGGCCUGUGUGCAGUUGGUGCGCCCCCUGCUGGUGAUGACAGGGGCGUUGCAGAGGCAGGUGCAGCUCCUGUCUCACCUGCUCCAGAGGAAAGACGCCGAGCUCCAGGACUACAGAGAGAACGGGGCCCAGCUCAGCCGAGAGCGACUCCAGACUGAGCCGUUUGAAGAGGAGGGUUUCAGACACGACUUCAUGACGAAGUCUCUUCCGUCGCUUGUGGAGGAGGAUUCUUCUCUGGACUUGAGCUCAGAUCUUCAGGACCUUUUCUCCUGCAUCGUUGCCCGACUGAACCCGAACAAACACAAACGACAGAACUCAAGAGACGAAGAGGAGGAGAGACGGGAGAGAGAAGAGAGAAAGAAGAAAGAAGAGGAAGAGGAGAAGAACGCUCAGACGACAGAUGCAGACGCAGAUGUUGAAACUCGUCAGAAAGAGACAAAGACACAAACUCCAGUGAAAAAAACUACACUACCCACAAUGCAACAGGUGUCGUCUCUGAGCUCCACAGACCGACCUGCUCCAAAACCAAAGAAGAAGAAAGUGGGUCUGUUCAGGUGAAACUCGGCAGCGCACGCAAACAUCCAAAACAUCCAAAACAUCCGAAACCUUUUAAAAUGAACGUUUUUAAACUUAAACGAGGAAAUGAGCUGUAACUAAUUCUUUUAUAUUUCUUAGUGUUUUAAAUGUAUUUUAAAUCUGUAGUAAACUCUGGAUCAUUUUAAAGUGUUAAAUUAUAAACAUGUUCAUGAUUCAUAAUGAUCAAA